AUGAAGCAGGAAGAGAGGAGUCGUGAGGAGGGGAAAUAUGGAGGAAGAGAGGGGAGAUUUGGGGUUAAUAGAGGAAAGAAAGGUGGUAGGAGGGGUUUAAGGAAAAAUCAUGCUGGGACUUCUUUCAGGAGAUGAAGUAUUUUGGGUGAAGUAGAAGUAAAGGAUGCGGCUCCAGUCACUGUGAAUCAGUUAAAGCUCAAAGAUAUCCUCAAGCCAGUCAAAGGGCAGCUUGAUGAUUACUUUGAUAAUUCUUGUCGAGAAAAGCCUCUUUUCUCUACAGAGCCUAUCUGAUAUUCUCCUGAUAAAAGGCCUAAAAAUUUCAAAGAGACAUUUCUACCUCGAGCAAGGCUUGACAAGACUGAACUCAAGACUUACAUGAGAAACUACGAUGUUUCCAAAAUAAAAGAGCACAGGAUUCUCCAAUCCUUCACUCUUGGUCGGAAGAUCUCGACUAGAGAGAACUCAGAUAACAGAAUUUCUUCGGCAAUUGAUCUGCUGAUGGCCAGGGAAUCCAAGAAAGCUGAUAGUUACCUUAAGGCAGGUCUUAUUAGUAAAGAAAAUCUUCCCCAGAUCAUGCCAAAGAAAAAGGUUUUCGAGUCAUCCAAUUUUGUAUCUAGAACAGAUAGGUUUUAUGAAGAAAUAGCACAAGAGCUCAUCCAGAACGACAUCAAGCGAGAGAAUUUAGCCUAAGAGGAACGCAUGAAAAUAAAGUAUCUGGUUGAAGAAAGGGAAGAAAUUCUAUCAGAGUCAAAUUCAAUUUUGAUCAAAGACAUAAAGCUAAUAUUUCCAUGCACACAAAUGUGAAAAAUUUAAAAGCCAGCAACGAUUCAUCGCAGCUAUCAUUGGAAACUUCUUCAAAGUCAAUCUGGAAUUUUAUCAAGCCCAUUAAAGCUGUCAAAAAAAAGAGAAAAGACAAGAGGCACAACACAUUAAAGGCUUCUAUGAGGUAACAUUAUUUAGGCCCCUAAACUUUAUAUAUCAUCUAAGGCUAUUGAGUUAGCUAGAAGUAUGGUAGGGCUUCUCAAUGGGUUCCUCAGAAUCUUCAUGUGAGAGAUUAUAGCUAAAAUUAGAUAAAUUAAUUAGUUAUAGCAUUCAGAGAGAAAUUUUAUGAUAGAAAAAUGCCAGAGUUUUGUUAGCACAGAAUUAUAUCAGUUAUGAUUUGUUUAUUAAUGUGUUCGAAACAUAAGAAUUAAUCAAUUAUGAUUCAUUUCAAAUAUUUCAUGGCAUCUACCCAAAUUUUUGGCUUUUUUGCCACUAAAAUCAAUUAUAACUAACUCCAUAAGCUCCUCUAGACGUCAAAAAGAUCUGAAAAAAUCAAGGAAAAUUAGCCAAAUCAGAAGAAUAUUUGGUCAAAAGUAUCCUGUCAAUUCAGAAUCUAAAAUUACAGAGCUGGAUGAAAUUUUAAUGAAAAGCCCAAAGAGUAAUUUUAAAUGACUUAAACUUUUCUAGACCCGAUAAAAUUUCAAGUAUUCUACAGAAGAGAUAGCUCAAUUAAUGAGACGUCUCCAAAAGCGGCUGGCCAAAGUCCAAGGAAUAGGAACUGUGAGAUUUCCUUUCUAGACCAAUUUCUAGAGACUAAGCUUAAAAGUAUUCAAGUGAAUAGCCAGAGAAAGGCCAGUCUCCCAUCAAGGACACCUACUGUUAAUACUCCUAACGGAGUUAAGGAGGUAUUUGAAAGUGCUAGGGCCAUAAAUUGUAAGAGGUUCUCUAAAAUCGGCACUUUUGGUGAAGCCUGCAGACAGAGAGCACAGGAUAACUCCUUGCUUGCCAACACAACAGGCUCUUUGUAAUAAGAUAAUGGUACUAAAAUAUUGGAGAUCAAUCUCUU